AUGAAUCGUAACAUUUGGUUUACAUGUUUCGCUAUCCAUGCGCUAGUCUAUGGCAACCACGUGCCGCGGCUGACUGAUACAAAGUUCUACAAAGACGGUGACAUCAUCUUAGGAGGACUAUUGAAUUUGCAUAUUUUCGAUUCCAAUCGAGAAUGCGUGAAUUUGGACGCGGUGUCUGUGCUGCAUCGCGUGGAAGCCAUGGUUUACACUAUAGAGGAAAUCAACUCCAGACAAGACAUACUGCCCGGUGUUACAAUCGGAUAUGAGAUUUAUGAUAGUUGUGUGUCAGAGGACGUUGCCUUGUCAGCCACUUUUGCUCUUCUAGAAAACAUCACUAAGUCCGACCUCUGCGAUGGUACUGCUGGUGUCGGGCAUAAAUUGAAAGGUGUAGUUGGACCGCGACGUAGCUCUGUCAGCGCUGCGAUUAGCCGAGUCUUCGGAUUGUAUCACAUGCCGCAGAUUACCUACAUGGCAUCCAGUGACGAAUUGAGCGACAAAUCGGCGUUCCCUUUUUACUUACGAGCAGUCCCUCCCGAUCGGUUACAAGUGAGCACCAUGAUGGAUGUUAUUAGGCAUUUCAAUUGGACGUACAUUUCAUUGGUGAAUUCCGAUGGAUCGUAUGGUAAAUACGGCGCUAACGAAAUAAAAAGACAAGCAGCCCUUCUCGACAUCUGUAUAGCAACAGCGGAGGAAGUAUCACGAUUCGCCAAUGAUGCACAGAUUGAUGUAAUUGUAAAUAAUCUCUUAGAUCACCGAGAGGCGUCAGUCGUUGUUAUAUUCUCGGUUGUGUAUAUGGCAAACCGUGUCUUUGAAGGCGUUAAAAGAGCUAACGCUACUGACAAGUUUAUUUGGAUAGGCAGUGAUGGCGUUUACGACCUAGUCGCCAACGGUAAUGGGGGUGUAGGACAUGGCGGAUUUUUUAUUGAACAAUUCAACACCAGAUCCGACGGUUAUGAAAGUUACUUCAAAACAAUCGCACUGGAAAGUAGUGAGAAUCCUUGGUUGGGCGAAUAUUGGACUCAUUAUAAUAUGGGCGAAAGUCAGGAGGAUGGUUUCAGUGCCAACAUGGGCAUAUCAGCUGUUAUUGACGCUGUUUACACAUACGGAUUCAGUCUGGAAUCGAUGCGGUACCACCUAUGUGGGAACGGGGUAGGCGUAUGUGAAGACUUCCUUAAAGCUGAUGGUCGCGCUUUGUUGCCUUACCUGCGAAAUAGCAGUUUUUAUGGAACUCGAGGACUCGUUCAGUUCGACGAAAAUGGCGAUCUCCUCGGUAAAUACGUUGUAAAAAAUUUACAGUUGAUCAAUGGUCGGUACGAGAGGGUGACGGUCGGGUUCUGGGACUCCCUUGCAGAUGAAGAAAAGCUCUCCAUGGACAAUGGCGCUGUUACAUGGGGUGUCGAGACGAAUCCAAAAGCGGAGACACCAAAAUCUGUCUGCAGUGAACCAUGUCCGAAGGGUCACAUCGUGAUACCCCAUGGCGACGUCUGCUGUUGGGAUUGUUUUCAAUGUCGCGAUAACGAAAUUCCAGCAAACAAUUACACAGAAUGUCGUCCCUGUGAGUUGUUAAAUUGGCCAGAUAUAGAUUUCAUGAGAUGUGAACCGAUACUGCCAACGUAUUUGGAAUGGAAUGAGCCAAUCGCAGUUUCGCUGAUCUCAGUGUCGUUGAUCGGACUUGCGAUAUCCGUCAUAACAACAUUCGGCUAUGUAAUAUAUCGAAACAAACCAUUGAUAAAGGCAUCUAGUCGUGAACUGAGCUAUAUAAUGUUGGCCGGAGUCACUUUCUCCUAUAUAAUGGUUUUUGUUUUUGUGGCUAAACCAACUUUGCCGACCUGUGUUUUGGUGCGCCUUGGGUUGAUGUUAUGUUUCACUGUUACGUAUGCUCCCAUGCUGACCAAAGUGGUACGUAUAUACAGGAUCUUCAAGUCUAGUUCAAAAUCGACAAAACGUCUCACCAUGAUAGGACCGACGUCCCAAGUUAUCAUCACGUCCACGAUUAUUGUCAUUCAGCUGUGCAUCAACGUGAUAUGGGCAAUAGUAAUUCCACCCAACGCAGUCCUUGAGAUGCCGAUUGAGACAAAGAAAAGAGUGGAGUUGAGCUGCAACGUCAGCGCAGCUGAGAUAGGAGCUUCUGUGGCGUGGAAUAUCUUACUAAUCGUUCUCUGUUGUUGGUUUGCUUUUAAAACCCGCAAAGUGCCUGAUAACUACAACGAGUCCCGCUUUAUUGCCCUGAGUGUGUACACAACCUUGGUCAUUUGGAUGGCAUUUAUACCGACCUACAUAACCGUACAGGAUUCCACAUUUAAAGUUUCUGUCCUAUCAUGUGCUAUACUGUUGAAUGCUUACGUCACCAUUGUGUGUCUUUAUGUUCCCAAGCUGUACGCUGUUCAUUACGUAAAUGACGAGAAUGUGCGUAUUCGGUUUGCAGUUCAAGUGGACGUCUCAAACUCCACAUAA